AUGGCACUGCAGGGAAAGAUGGAGACAAGCUUAGAACUCAAGUCUUCCGCAGAGAAGUUCUACAAUGUCUGGAGGAGCCAGUCCUUUCAUGUUCCCAAACAUGCUUCUAAGCAUAUUCAAGGAGUUGAUGUACAUGCAGGUGACUGGGAGACUGCUGGCUCUAUUAGGAUCUGGAAGUACACAGUUGGAGGAAAACCCGGGGUCUUUAAAGAGAAGGUGCACUUCGAUGAUGAGAACAAGACAGUAACUCUUAAUGGUUUGGAAGGAGAUGUCAUGAAAAUUUACAAGGUCUAUAAGCCCGUCUGGCAGAUUACACCAAAAGGCUCGGGCUGCCUGGCAAAACUGAGCAUUGAAUACGAGAAACUCUAUCCUGAUGUCCCGGUUCCAGAUAUUUAUGUGGAUUUAAUGGUUAAUAUGACCAAAGACAUCGAUGAAGCCCUUACUCAGACAUAA